UCCUGGCUCUGGCAGCAAGGAGAAGAUCUGAUCGCCUGCUGAGUCCUCUGGGGGAGGAAGGCUGGCAGGCAGGCAGCGUGACUCCAUCACUCAGAGCACAACCAUCCAUCUAUCCAUCCAUCCAUCCAUCUGAGUCUGGGCUUGUUCUGACUCCUGAUCCUUGGAUGAGUAUCCUUCGUGGCCGUGGGAGAAAGAUAAAGGUGGCUUGUUUCUAAUCUUCCUGAAGAGGAUUUCCAUAGUAACCUGAUGAAGUCGUGCAGUUUAGCUGAGGAUUUUUCUUAAUACUUCUAGGAUGAUAUCUGAUAGGUUCGCCAACAAAAUUGUAACUUUCAAAAAUGGAAUUUUGUAUAGGAAGAAACAGAUAAAUUGGAAUUAAAGGUGUGAAUAUUCACUUCCCUUUGGAGGUAUCUGCUUUUAAAGACGAUAUGUUGAUUCAGAAGAUCCAGAGAGAAAAUUGUGAAAUUUAUUUCAUCUACUCAGUCCAUGGAGUUUUAAUUUACUUCUUCAAGGCAGCAAAUUUCCACAAAGUUGUGUGAUGGAUAUAGCAGUGUAUCUUUGUGCCUGGAAACCUUACAUUGUGGAUUAGUCUGCUAUCAAUUCCAUUUCGGGGACAGGAUUGGAUGUGAUGGAUUUAUCUUCAGAUAUGAGUAGGCAUGGAAGAAAUCCAUUCAGUCACAAGCUGGAAGAUCAGAAGAAGAUUUACACUGACUGGGCUAAUCAUUAUCUAGCAAAAUCUGGCCACAAACGGCUGAUCAAAGAUUUGCAACAGGACAUUGCAGAUGGAGUUCUACUAGCAGAAAUCAUUCAGAUUAUUGCAAAUGAAAAAGUUGAAGAUAUCAAUGGUUGUCCUCGAAGCCAAUCUCAAAUGAUUGAGAAUGUUGAUGUCUGCCUUAGCUUUCUGGCAGCCAGAGGAGUAAAUGUCCAAGGUCUUUCUGCAGAAGAAAUAAGAAAUGGAAAUUUGAAAGCCAUUUUAGGACUGUUUUUCAGUUUGUCUCGUUAUAAACAGCAGCAGCACCAACAACAGCAGUACUAUCAGUCCUUGGUAGAGCUACAGCAACACAUCUCUCAUUCUCCGAAUCCUCCUGAGAGUGGCCAGUCCAAAACUCAGCAAGAUAUGCAGUCCAGUCUGACAGCCAGAUACACAACUCAGUCUAAUCACAGUGGAAUUGCAACCAGUCAAAAAAAGCUUUCUAGGCUUCCUGGGCCUUCAAGGGUGCCAGCUGCAGGCAGCAGUACCAAAGUCCAGGGAGCUUCCAAUUUAAAUCGAAGAAGUCAGAGCUUUAAUAGCAUUGACAAAAACAAACCUCCACAAUAUGCAAAUGGAAAUGAAAAAGAAUCACCCAAAGGUCCUCACCCAUCUGCAGGUAUAAAUGGAAAUGUACAGCAUCCCACCACCACUGGGCAGCAGCCGGUCUCUGCCAUCCCCUCUCCAAGUGCCAGCAAGCCUUGGCGCAGCAAAUCAAUGAAUGUGAAACACAGUGCCACCUCUACUAUGCUGUCUGUGAAGCAGCAGAGCCCUGCAACCUCACCUACACCACCUGCAGACAGGCAUAAACCUCCUCUUUCUGAAGCUCCCAAAACACCUUCCUCUGGGCAAAAAUCUAUGUUAGAGAAAUUCAAACUGGUUAAUGCUCGGACUGUUUUACGGCCCCCUCUGUCAUCAUCAAAUUCAGGCCCCGCUGACAGUGGAAAAGAUGAUGAAGCUUUUUUAGAGUGUAGUGAAAUGGAUGGCUUCAGUGGUGGGCUCAGUACUGCUGGAUCUACCACCAACAGCCCCAAAAUAUCCCCUAAAUUAACUCCUCCGAAAGCUGGAAGCAAAAAUAUCAGCAAUAAAAAGUCUUUGCUGCAGCCAAAGGAUAAAGAAGAAAAGAGCAAAGAUAAAAAUAAAGUUUGCACUGAAAAGAUGGUAAAAGAUGAAAAGGAACAGAUGCCCGAGACACCCACCAAAAAGACCUCAAAAAUUGCAAGCCUGAUUCCCAAGGGGAGCAAAGCAACUUCAGCCAAGAAAGAAAGUUUAAUUCCUUCAUCUAGUGGUAUACCAAAACCUGGAUCAAAAGUACCUACAUCGAAGCAGAACAGUUCACUAGUAUCUUCAGGAAGUAAAGAGACAGAAAAACUGAGAAAUACAAAAGGAAACCAUCCCCCAUCUACAGCAAAAUCCCAAGGGAAUGAGAAAAACUAUGUUCCUUCCAGUCUCUCAGCUUCUGAAGGAAAGGAGGCCAGUACUGGUCUUAGUAGUAUAUCAUUUUCUUCUCCUUCAAUGGCUUCAGUCAGUGGGCAAGUCCCGGGUAGUGGUGUUGUCCAACUUCCUCAGCAGCAACAAUACAGCCAUCCAAAUACAGCCACUGUAGCACCAUUUAUUUAUAGAACUCAUUCGGAAAAUGAUAGUUCUUCUAUCCCAUUUUCUGACUCUUGUAUCAGUCCUACAAAAUUGGAUUUGGCAUACAGUAAAACUGCCAAGCAAUGUCUAGAGGAAAUAUCUGGAGAAGAUCCUGAAACAAGAAGAAUGAGAACUGUAAAGAAUAUCGCUGAUCUGAGACAGAACUUGGAAGAAACUAUGUCCAGUCUCAGAGGAACUCAAAUAAGCCACAGCACAUUGGAAACAACAUUUGACAGUACUGUGACAACUGAAGUGAAUGGACGAAACAUUCCUGGCUUAACAAGCCGAUCUUCUCCAGUGACCUGGAGGCUUGGACAAGCUAGUCCUCGACUCCAGGCAGGUGAUGCUCCUUCCCUGGGUGGAGGGUACCCUCGCAGUGGUGCUAGUCGCUUCAUCCAUACUGACCCUUCUCGAUUCAUGUACACCACACCUCUUCGUCGUGCAGCCAUCUCUCGUCUUGGGAACAUCCCCCAAAUUGACAUGGGUGAAAAAGGAAAUAGUGACCUGGACAUUUCCUCUGAUGUUGAUGUUGGAGGGUACAUGAGUGAUGGGGACAUUCUUGGGAAGAGCCUUCGAGCUGAUGACAUCAACAGUGGUUACAUGACCGAUGGAGGGCUCAAUCUAUAUACAAGAAGCUUGAAUCGAAUUCCUGACAUAGCUGCCUCUCGAGAUGUCAUUCAAAGAGGAAUUCAUGAUGUGACAGUGGAUGCAGACAGUUGGGAUGAUAGCAGUUCUGUUAGCAGUGGCCUCAGUGAUACUUUGGAUAACAUCAGCACAGAUGACCUCAAUACUACAUCAUCGCUGAAGACAGAUUCUGAAAAACGUUCAGUAACUGAUGGAGAACCUUGGGGAAGCAGUGAAGAACUGAAGAAGCCAGAGGAAGAUCUUGAGAGCAAUCUUGACAACAGUGGCAAGUGGAGGAGCCAUCCUCCUGGGUUGCUUGAGGAGGCUGAGAAAGGAGGGCAAAAAACUCCUCUUCCCAUUUCUCAGACAGGCUCUUGGAGAAGAGGCAUGACUGCACAAGUGGGAGCAACAUCAUCUAGGCACAAAGCUGGAGGAAGUACUAUCAAGACACCUGGAAAAACAGAUGAUGCCAAAGCUUCUGAAAAAGUAAAAACUCCCCUGAAAGGAGCUUCCAUCCAGCGUUCCCCUUCAGAUGCAGGAAAAAGCAGUGGAGAUGAAGGGAAAAAACCUCCUUCUGGAAUGGGCCGAUCAACAGCCACAGGUUCCUUUGGUUUCAAGAAAACUGGGGUCAGCUCUUCAACAAUAAUCACUGCAAGUGGAGCAACCAUAACAAGUGGCUCAGCAACUUUGGGGAAGAUGCCUAAAUCUGCAGCCAUUGGUGGAAAAUCAAAUGCAGGGAGGAAGACCAGUCUAGAUGGUUCUCAGAAUCAAGAAGAUGGUGUCUUACACAUGAGUUCAAAGACCACUUUGCAGUAUCGAAGUUUACCACGUCCUUCAAAAUCAAGCACAAGUGGGAUUCCUGGCCGAGGUGGACAUAGAUCUAGCACCAGCAGCAUCGACUCUAAUGUCAGCAGCAAGUCUGCUGGUGCUGCUGCCACUAACAAACUGAGGGAACCUACAAAGAUUGGCUCAGGACGAUCUAGUCCUGUAACAAUCAACCAGACGGACAAAGAAAAGGAAAAAGUGGCAAUAUCUGAUUCUGAGAGUGUAUCCUUGUCUGGUUCUCCCAAAUCAAGUCCAACUUCAGCUAGUGCCUGUGGAACAUCAAGUCUCAGACAGCCAGGUUCAAAAUACCCAGAUAUUGCCUCACCUACAUUUAGAAGGUUGUUUGGUGCCAAAGCCAGUGGCAAAGCUGCCACUGCACCAAAUACAGAAGGCAUGAAAUCUACAUCUGCCAUGCCCAGCCCUAGUACCACAUUAGCUCGGCAAGGCAGUCUGGAAUCUCCAUCUUCAGGUACAGGUAGCAUGGGCAGUGCAGGUGGGCAGAGUGGAAGCAGUAGCCCUCUCUUCAAUAAGCCCUCGGACUUAAAUACAGAUGUUGUAGGCCUAAGUCACUCCUUGGCUUCAAGUCCAGCCUCAGCCCAUUCUUUCACAUCAGGUGGUCUUGUGUGGGCUGCAAACCUGAGUAGUUCUUCUGCUGGUAGUAAGGAUACACCGAGUUACCAAUCAAUGACUAGCCUUCACACCAGCUCUGAAUCUAUUGAUCUCCCUCUUAGUCAUCAUGGCUCCCUCUCUGGAUUGACCACAAGCACUCAAGAGGUUCAGAGCCUGCUCAUGAGGACUGGAAGUGUCAGAUCUACUCUUUCAGAAAGCAUGCAGCUUGACAGAAAUACACUGCCCAAAAAGGGAUUAAGGUAUACUCCAUCUUCUCGCCAGGCUGGUCAAGAGGAAGGGAAAGAAUGGCUGCGUUCACAUUCUACUGGAGGGCUCCAAGACACUGGAAAUCAGUCUCCCCUGGUGUCGCCUACAGUUAUGUCUUCCUCUGCAACUGGCAAAUAUUUCUCUAAUUUAGUAAGUCCAACAAAUUUAUCCCAGUUCAAACUUCCUGGACCUAGUAUGAUGAGGUCAAACAGCAAUCCUGCACAAGAUUCUUCAUUUGAUCUCUAUGAUGAUUCUCAGUUGUGUGGUAGUGCUACAUCCUUAGAGGACAGACCACGUGCAAUUAGUCAUUCUGGUUCAUUCAGAGAUAGCAUGGAAGAAGUACAUGGAUCAUCAUUAUCAUUAGUUUCCAGCACUUCUUCUCUUUACUCCACAGCUGAAGAAAAGGCACAUUCAGAGCAAAUUCAUAAAUUACGACGGGAACUGGUUGCAUCUCAGGAAAAAGUGGCCACCCUAACAUCACAACUGUCAGCAAAUGCCCAUCUUGUAGCCGCAUUUGAAAAAAGCUUAGGGAAUAUGACAGGCCGGUUACAAAGCCUAACAAUGACAGCUGAACAAAAGGAAUCAGAACUCAUAGAACUACGGGAAACCAUUGAAAUGCUGAAAGCUCAGAACUCGGCUGCACAGGCUGCUAUUCAAGGAGCUCUGAAUGGCCCUGACCACACUCAGAGAGAGUUGCGAAUAAGGCGACAACAUUCGUCUGAAAGUGUUGCCAGCAUCAAUAGUGGUACAAGCCAUUCAAGCAUGGGUAGCAGUAAUGAUGCUGAUUCUAAAAAAAAGAAAAAGAAAAAUUGGGUGAACUCUAGAGGAAGUGAGCUAAGGAGUUCAUUCAAACAAGCUUUUGGGAAGAAGAAGUCAUCAAAACCUCACUCCUCCCAUUCUGACAUAGAAGAAGUCACAGAUUCAUCUCUUCCAUCCUCACCUAAAUUAUCUCAUGGCUCUGGAGACUGUGGAUCUACUUCAAUCAGGCCAUCCCAAUCAACUUCACUGUCAUCUCUAUUCUGGGCACCAAAGAAAAGGCAAAAUGGUCCCGUGAUCUACAAGCAUAGAUCCCGGAUCUGUGAAUGCACAGAAGCAGAGGCAGAAAUAAUUCUGCAGCUAAAAAAUGAGCUCAGGGAGAAAGAGCUCAAGCUUACAGAUAUUCGUCUUGAAGCCCUCAGCUCUGCCCAUCAUCUUGACCAAAUUCGGGAAGCCAUGAACCGUAUGCAGAAUGAAAUUGAGAUUUUGAAAGCUGAGAAUGACCGUUUGAAGGCUGAGACUGGAAACAGUAGCAAACCUAUCAGGCCAUGUUCAGAGUCCUCAAGCAGCACAUCUUCUUCCUCUUCACGACAAUCUCUAGGUCUCUCUCUGAAUAACUUAAACAUCACAGAUUCAGUUACAUCUGAUAUUUUACUGGAAGAUGUUGCAGAUGGAACUCUCCAUAAAGAAGGCCAGAACGUUAAGAUUAUUGUCACAAUAAACAAGGGCUAUGGUCGAUCAAAGGACCAAAGAAUACAGGCAUAUUUGAUAGGUUCUAUCAGGGUCAGUGGUAAAACAAAAUGGGAUGUAUUAGAUGGUGUAAUUAGACGACUCUUUAAGGAAUAUGUUUUCCGAGUAGAUCCAGCUACUAGCCUUGGUUUGAGCUCAGACUGUAUAGCUAAUUAUUGCGUAGGUGAUAUAAUUAGAGCCCAUAACCAAGAAGUGCCUGAACUGCUACCUUGUGGAUAUCUGGUUGGAGAUAAUAACAUAAUCACAGUGAAUCUUAAAGGAGUAGAAGAAAAUAGUUUGGAUAGCUUUGUGUUUGAUACGUUAAUUCCUAAACCAAUUAGUCAACGGUACUUUAAUUUACUGAUGGAACAUCACAGGAUUAUCCUAUCAGGACCUAGUGGGACUGGAAAGACCUAUUUAGCUAACAAGCUUGCUGAAUAUCUGAUAACUAAAUCUGGUCGGAAAAAAAUGGAAGAUGCCAUUAUUACUUUUACUGUUGAUCACAAAUCAAGCAAGGAUGUUCAACAAUAUCUUGUUAAUUUGGCUGAACAGUGCAAUGCUGAUAAUAGUAGUUCUGACCUUCCUGUGGUAAUAAUUCUUGACAACCUGCACCAUGUUGGUUCUUUGAGUGACAUCUUCAAUGGUUUCCUUAACUGUAAAUAUAACAAAUGUCCCUAUAUUAUUGGAACAAUGAACCAGGGAGUUUCAUCAUCCCCUAAUCUAGAACUGCAUCAAAAUUUCAGAUGGGUGCUGUGUGCUAAUCACACAGAGCCUGUUAAAGGGCUGUUAUCCAGAUAUUUGAGAAGGAAACUGAUUGAAACAGAGUUGGAGAAGAAUACCCGCAAUAAUGAUCUCAUCAAAAUUAUUGACUGGAUUCCCAAGAUAUGGCAUCAUCUCAACAGCUUUUUAGAAACCCACAGUUCUUCUGAUAUAACCAUCGGUCCUCGCCUUUUUCUACCUUGUCCUAUUGAUGUUGAUGGUUCUAGAGUGUGGUUUACUGAUCUCUGGAAUUAUUCUUUGGUGCCAUAUGUAAUAGAAGCUGUGAGAGAAGGACUUCAGAUGUAUGGUAAACGUGCACCAUGGGAAGACCCCUCAAAGUGGAUAGCAGAGACUUGUCCGUGGAGUUCACUGCAACAUGAUUGGUCAUCAUUACUUCAGUUAAGGCCUGAAGAUGUUGGUUAUGAAGGUUAUGCAUCUGCCAAAGAAGGAACCACUUCAAAGCACAUUCCACAGAUGGAAUCAGAAGGAGAUCCUUUGAUGAACAUGCUAUUGAGGCUCAAAGAAGCUGCCACUUACUCAAGUGCCCAGAGCUGUGACAGUGAUACUGCCAGCCACCAUGAUGAUAUGCUGGACCCUUCACUUGAAUCAACGCUCUAAAGGGGGCAUGACUUUGGUUAGAAGAUGCUGAUAAACUUAUACCUGUGUUAAGGGCUGCUGAGGUGGUGUGUAUCUGUGCUGAAAUAGCAUGUGUGUGCUGUGUCAUAUAUGGAGGCACCUGAUUUAAGCAGUAAAGCAAAUCAGAAAUGAAAGUUGGAUUUGUUCAGUUUCAAGUGGAAAGAACCUUUAACAGGGAGGCUAUGAAGCAGAUUGCACACAUAGUAGUCAAACUGGAAUCACUUAGAGUCUUUUGUUUUCUAUCCCUGUCUUGAAAGUUUACAGUGGAAGCAUUUUAUGUGAUAUUUCAAUAUACUUGGAGGUGCUGCAUUCAUAGUUCUCCUGCUCUUCCUGCUCCUGCUCCUCUUCCUCCUCUAACCUCUGUGGUGCCUCAUAGCACAUAUUCCAGAUUAUAUUAUGCUGUCCUUUCCAAAAUGAGGUGGAUGCAAAAUAAAAUAAAAAGAAUGAGAGGGCGUAUAGACUCAAUAAGCACAAAACAGUAUUGUGCAAUGACCUUAAACAAACAAUACUGUGAUAUGCUGGAUAAGUGCCAAUUUGAUACUAAACUGCCAUAUUUGCAGUGAUGUGGUUCACCAAGUUUUCUGUUUGCGUGUGUGUGUGUGUGUGCGUGUGUGUGUAUUGAAAAAAGUCACCCAUUUUUAUAUCCAAAUUGUUUUUAACCACAGUGGUAUUUUUUAAAUACCUGCCCACCUCUUAAGGUUGUUGCUGUUGUUAGGCAAUUCUGAUGCUGACUCAAGGUUUUGGUUAGGACUUUAAGUUUUGAGUCUUUUGGGAGGGGGAAAAAGAGAUCUUUUCCUAUGGUGCUGUCUCACUGCCUUAAAACCGAUUUCUAGACAAUGUUACUCUUGGUUUAAUUUGUUUAAACCAUUGGUUAUUUACACUGUUUCCUUUCUUCAUUUUACUAAUGAGAGAGCAUCAGUGAACACAGUAGCCUUGUGUUUAUAUAUCAAGAUUUUUUUUAAUUAGGUGGCUAGAAGGAUGAAUUAUUAAUAUAGAUAUAGAUAUAGAUAUAUUAUUUUUAAUCUUCUGUGAAUCAAUGACCUACCAUCCUAAACCAUUCAAAUGACCCAGAAGCUACUCCUAGUUAACUAUGAAUGAAAACAAAACAAAAAAAGUCCAACAUAGUUAUUUCUAUCCCAUUAGGAAAAGCACUUAAUUAAGACAGAAACAGAGAUGUGUGACAUUUUAUCCAGCAGAGCUGGGUGUGCACCUGAGUUAGCAUGAGCACAAAUCGUUCUUGGUUUUCGUCCCUUCUCUUCCUUCCCCCAUUUGGAGCAUGCUAUUUUAAUUGCAGUUGUUGUACAUGAAGAAAGUCAGCAUUACAAAAACACUGACACAGUGCUAUUCACUGUGCAAGACAGAAAUGUUUUUACUGUAAGAGGGGAAAGUGGGGGGUGAUUUUGCACAGUUUAUUGGGAGGGUAUUGUAAAUACUGAAAAUAAAAAGUGUUGCACAAAUGAAAGCAAACAAAACAGUGACAGCAGCAAAAAUACAAAAUUAUACUUUAUUCUAUUGAUGUGAAAAAAUGUUUCAUUUAUGGACAAUAACCAUAUGUUGUAAACAAAGCAAGAGGGCAAUCAGUACUAUCUGUUUUUUUAAAAAAGACAGAUAAACCAGGUAUGUUUGUCCUGUAUUUAGAACUGCCAUCACAAGUCCUGAGCUAUUCUUGCUACAAUGAAUAUUUGCACUCUUUAAACCAAUUUAACUUUGCAGGAAAAAAAUAGACAUUAUCUAUCCUGGCGGGAUACACCAAAAACCCAAUCAGAGUAAUUGGAGAUAUUGGUUAAAAUUAACAUAAGAUAUCUAAGGGCUAUAGCAUUAUAUAGGCAUAUACUUCAACCCUUAUCUUGAAAGGGCUCAUGUGGAGCAUGUCUACUCAUAACCAUAGGACAUGUGCCAAUGAAACACUUUCAGGAUACACAUAGCCAAUGGAUAACUUCAGGACAUGUAAGUGGUGCUACUAACUCCUGCAACAAUAUAUUUUGCAAAACGAAUAUCAAAAAAAUCAAUGCAAUUUUCCUUCUUGCAUCAGCCGCAGGUCUCCUGCAUGGUGCUAUUGCCCUAAUGAAAAAGUCUGCUUUUAUGCACAAAAAAUGUACUCAAAUUUAUUUCCAGCAGCAAAUAUUAGCUGAAUGUCUCAUACUGUUAAACAGCAUGCCACUCUGGAAAAUGACUAAAACAAAAGCUGCUCCUUAAAAUUGAUGUAGUCUAAAACAACAUCUAAGCCCAGGAACUCCUGCCAUUUUCAAUACACAUGCACACAUCCUGUAUGUAUAUACUACAUAAUACAAUUUUCCCUGCAAUACAUUUCAGUGAAUUCACCUAGUUUACAACUUUAACAAAUUUGUUUGUGAAGCAUUUGUCUGUAUACAUUUUAUAUUUUGUACAUUUUUAAUGUAACAUAUUGUGUAAAUAGACAGAAACAGUGAGAUAAAUCAUCUGAAAAGUUUUGUAGUCUUUGUAAAGCCCUAAUAAUAAGUAUUUGGUGUCAUCAGACUUAACUGGAUGAUGUAUUUUAUAUUGAUUUAUUGUUCUUCUAGCUUGUAAACCAGCUUGCAUAUAUUUUUUGCAGGUGUGCACACUGUAUCUGUCUAAAUUAUUACUUUGCCAUUAAAGUGGAAUUAUUUAUUGACAACUGAGUCUGCUGUUUUUAAACUCCAGAGGAAAUCAGCCUUUGAUUCCAUUGUUAGUUGGAGGUUUAUGGGAAUAGCUUGAGAAAACCAUUACAAAUAUUAGACACAUCAGGUUAUUGAUUGAAUUGCUUUCUUACCUUACUACAAGGAUAUGAGCUGGCAAACUGGAGAUCCUUAUCUGACCCUAUUUUAAUAAAUGGGCCAAACAGGUCUAUUUAUUUACUCCCAUCACAUUUAAUUUGCAUAUCAAUUAUAGUGUUUCAGCCAUGGAAUGAAAAUCAUUUUGUCUCCUGGCUUAAUAGGUACAGAGCACUCAAUUUAAUAUAGGUUGAUAAUAUAUGGUGUUUAUAUCAUGAUGUAUGUUGAAAUUUAGAAAAUUGUGGGCUAGGCUGGCUGAUUAUUAUGAGAGGGAAAAGCUGAGGAUUAACUACAAGCAAGCCACACAGCAGAACCAAACAUACAUUGCCAGUUAACAUCCAGUAUUGCCUGUUCCUUAAAUAUAGUAUUUGGAUGUCCCCUUCUAGAAGCCAUAAACCUGGAAGGUAAACCUUAAUCCACUUUUAACUCAUUGGGUAUAUUCUAAAGUUUUUCUAUUUUAGUGGAGAUCAGGAGUUAAAUUACUCCUGCAAUCAAAAUAUUCCAGGAAAAAUAAAAUUCCACAGUUUCUGUGGAAUUGGAAGGAGGUUUUGGAAUAGAAUUAGAAUGUAUUUGUGCAAUUGGAAAUAGUCCAGAAUAUGUUAAGGGAAAUUCCAAGUCUUCCACAGGGCUCACAUCGUGCCACUCAUCUAAAACUCACAACUGUCAAUCUCUAUCAGAGCACAGUUUGGUUCCCAGAUAAUUGUUUUGUUAAAUUUUGCUACUGGCAAAUGAAGGGUAAAUUGUAAUAUUAUACUCCUUUCUAUCUAGAGAAAUUAAAUUAAAUCCUUGAAUAAAGGAUUUCUCAAUGACUUUUGGAAUGGAAUGCUAACAAAGACACAAUGUUGUUCCAAUGCUCAAGAUUCCAGCUUUGAUAUCCUCAGUUUAAGCAGUUAUUCUUUUGCAGGUCUUAGACUCACUAGCAGACCAUAACAUUUCCAAACUAUGUCCUUAAAUCUAAAUUCCACAAAAGUCAGGGAAGGGAUUUAUAUGUAGCAAGCAUACAUACCAAAAAAAAAAAAAUAGAAUAUUUUUUAGAAAAUAGAAAAUAGACUAUGACAUUCUUUCUGUGGCUGAAUUGGACAAGAAAUUGCUACAAAUAACAUAUAAUCUGUCAUUUUAACAGCACUUUAAAAAAAGCUGGUUUUAGGCAAGGAACAUUGCUCUGUCUGGUAUCAUCACUGCCAAGACAAAAGCGACAUUCUUAUCGCUGUCCUUUUCCCGACAUUGCUCAGUGACAAUAAUUGUACAAUAAGGAACAGGGAGUUAAUCAAUUUAGAGUCCCCAUCCCAUUCAAAUUGGAAUCAGCUAUUUUCUGUAUCUUGUCUUUUCUUUCAAAAUUAAACUACUACCAAUAUCAAUGAUUGAAAAUAUUUCAAAUUUCAAAUGCAUGUCCACAUUUUUAAUUACAUUUAUUAGAAGUUUUCCAAAAAGUAAAAAUCCAAUCAAAGUUUAAAAAAUGAUGAAAGGAAAGACAUACAAGAAACAAAAAGGAGAAGGAAAAUAUAUUUAAUUGAAGAAAAGUUAUGAUUUGCUAACUUAUUUUCAAUAGAUAAUUACAAUUGAGUAUUCCUUCCUCUCUGUCAGAUAUUAUCUAAAUUCCUUCUGCACUUCAUUUAAUCUACAUCUUUAUUAACCUUCAAACUUGUAAAUCUUCAUGUCAUUUUUUCUUCUUUCAGCAAAAUGUUGUUUUUUUCCAUGACCAGAAAGGUUUGUUUGCCAUUUCUGCAAAUUAUGUAUACAAUUUUUAAAAUUUUGUUUUGUCUUCUAGUACUCAAGUUUUGUGUUAGUUUCAGGGUAUAUUGUUUCCAUUCUGUUGUAUUUUAUUACGCUCUCAUUUUAUUUUGUUUUGACCUUAUUAUAUUUCUGCUCUAAAUCAUGCAAUUCCAUUCUUCAGGCAUUCACUGCAAAGUUUUUUGCAAAGGAGUCUGCAAAGGUUGUACUCUUCAAAAACAUAACAAGAACUGUAUUGUUGUCUAAAAUAGACAUAUUUCUGAUAAGUGUCAAGAAAAACUGAGGAUGCCAGAGUUACUAGUUGAGAUGCAAGUACGUAGAACACAAGAAAGUACAAAAACAAUAGCUUAUCUCUUGACUUCAGAAGGGUCUUGCAAGUCGUAAUAAGUUAUUCUUUUUCCUGCAGAGUAUAUAAACCUUAACAAAUUAAAAUAAUAUUUAGUAACAAUUUAUAUUGCAGCUCUUAGGUAGAGUGUACACCUAGCGAAAGAUACUUAUAAGCAAGCUGAACACAAUCAUAGUCCUUUGAUUUCAACACUUCCUACCUGAAAGCAGAUCACAAGCAAUUUAUGUUACUUUUCAAAUAAACAAGUUAUGGCAAAAUUAUAUGGCUAAAUGCCCUCUGAUAUUUUAGAUUUCAACUGCCAAAAGUGCCAACCAAUUUUUGAGAGGUGAAAUUUUGUUCUUUGCUAUAAAUCCCCCACACAAAUCUUAUCAACGUUAAUACUAGCAACAAUGAAACUUGGACUUCUACACUCAAAAAAUUGGAAAGGCUAUGAAAUACAUUAAUCAGAAAUCAGGAAAGAAAGAUGGAAACUUUUAUAUCUGGAAUGCAGGCCAAUGAAAAAUAGUUGCUUAACAAGUCAGCUCAUAGUUUUAUUAUUCCUAUUGUCAGAAAAGUUAAGGAGGUGCUCCAAUAACUGAACAGCAAAUGAUCAGUUUUCUGGGAAAUAGCAAAAUGAAGAGAUUUAUCAAAAAGGAAAGGAAAACCCUUAAAUGAUCUCAAUCACUGACAAUUACAAGAAACUGCAAUCUAUGAAACUGGGGAAAACUAAAUUUGGACAUUAUGUGUUUUUUAUGCUGGUAUUAUAAAAAAUGUGAUUCUUUUAACCUAUAUGUUAUAGUGUUGACAAGCUCAUUAUAUCACUACAAUUUCAGUACAAGUUGGGGAAGAAAUAUUACAGUUAAGGAUUUUAAUGUGUUGUUAAAAUGUUUCCAAAAGUUGAAAAUUGUCAUCUCAUAAAUUGCUUUGUGAGCCUGUGGCACAGGAAAAAGGCUAAUUCUAUAUAAUUAGAAAAUUACCUUCCUGAUUUUGAGGAAUGGCUCCAGGAUGUGAGUCUAUUAUUUAUUUUUGAAAAAUCUGUGUGUUCUAAAAACAAAAGAUAAUGCAAUAUGUUGCUAUAUAGUUUCAAUGAUAUGUUUUAAAGAUUGAAUAGGCUUUUCAUUAUUUGUAUUUAUAUUGUUAUUUUUCUAUUAAUUUUAUUUAACACACAAACGUACACAAACACAUAUAUAAGCAUGCAUACAUACUAGUGUGUGUGUAUGUGUGUAUUUCAUUGUACAAUGUCUACAAAUAUGUAUUUUUCACUGUUGAUAUUUUUAUUGGUAAGUUUUAAAAAUAUAAUAUAGAUAAAGGAACGUACAUGUCUCUACAGCACCUCUAAAAUAUUACAAUUGUCCAAUUUAAUAGCCAAUUGUCCAACUGCAUUUGUAUAUCUGCAUAUCUACUUUGUUACUUAUUUUACUGUCUUUGUAUAUUUGUUUGAUAUUGCACAUAUUGUAAAUUCAUCUAUAAUC